AUGAAUUGGCUUAAUUUCAAAGUGGAAUCAUUCCUGCCAAACACCCAACCAGAUAGGUGGGUAUGUAACAUCUCUGGGGACGGGGUUUACCACGUUAAUGUGGUAAGGGAACAAAUUGAUAAGGAGAGCUCGAGUAUUGAAGGAGGGAAGAUCGAUUGGAUACCGGAGGUCCCGACUAAGGUGCGGUGUUUCAUUUGGAGGGCAAUCCUAAAUGGUAUCCCAACUGCAUGUGCUCUCCAAAAGAAGGGAAUCAAUCUCAAUUCAAUUAAAUGCAGCUACUGUGAUCUGGAAAGAGAAGAUACUGAUCAUGCUUUGAUCAAUUGUUCGAUGGCAGCAAAGGUGUGGGAGGCGAUGUUCAGGUGGUUUGGCAUUUCUCAACCCCAAUUUGGGAAUUUAAGUGACAUGGUGAAGUUUUGUUCUACAUGGGGACGAUGCUUAAAGAAGAGGAGGAACUUCAUUAGCAUUUGUUAUGGUACUACAUGGCUAAUCUGGAAAGCAAGGUGCGACUUUAUAUUUAAUAAGAUUCGGAUAUCACCUAACCAAUUGGCGGGAAACAUUCAGUCCAUGGUGUUCACAUGGAUUAAACAUAGGAGAGUUAACUGUUCCUAUAAAUGGAUUGAUUGGUGUACUAGUCCUUCCUCUUGUAUGUAA